AUAAGCCGUACUAGUACCAAAUGUGUCCCCAAGUAAUGCGAAUGGAACCAAUUGACACCUUUUCGUCCCCAAGUAAACGAAGAGGCGACAGUUGUGCAUAAAUAAAAAACCACCACCAAAAAACCAACCAACAGACAAGUUAAACGAACAUUUGAAUGAGAUCUCUACGAACAAGAAUCACUUUGAAUAGUUUUUUGUUUAGAUGAUCAACAAAAAACAAUGAACAGUUAUUCUUGAGGAAUGCACGUGCGUUUUGUUUGGAAAAAAUCAUUCUUAUUUUGAUCGUUGUAAAGUGAAGUUGCAUUGUGAAAAUUGUGUUAAUAUAAAGUGAUUAAAAUAACAAAUAAAAAGUUUUUAUUUUAAAAUGGAAGAAACACCCAGAAAAAUUAAACGUUUCAGUUCAAUUAUAAACAAUGAUGGUCUCAAUCAAAAGUGCAAUUGCGAAACUUUUGUUAAAAAGAUGGAAAAUGUGGAAAAUACUCAAAAAGUAAUUCAAGGUCAGAUCAAGGUUUUAGCUGAUGCAUUAGCUGAAUUGAAGGUGAUGGUGCAAAAAUUACUUCGAUCUCAAAGUGAUGAGAUACCUUUAACGAAUAGGUUUCCCAUCAGCACUGAGAAAGAUCUUAUUGAUAUUAAUAACGACAUCACAAGUGAGAAUAAAGAUCUAUAUGUUAAGAUUAUAUCAUCCAUUAUAAAAAGAGAGGGAAUAUUGAAAUCAUUAAAAAAUAUUAUAGGUUUAAAAAUUACUUACGAAUAUAAUAUUGACGGAAAUCAUGGAAAAAAAAGUUUGAAGUCCUUAAGCAAUAUAUCUAACGUAAUUUUAGAUUCAAUACCAGUUCAAGAAAAUUCAGACACCCCUGAAACGCAACUGCGAAAAGCAAUACAAGUACAAAAGAAACGAUUUUUUAAACAA